GUUCGCGAUCUCGGUACGAUUUCUGUAGUGGAACCUCUGUCAGCAGGACCACCUAGCUAUAAACACACUCACUGAUCAUGCUGCUUCCAAUUAUCUCGUUGCUAUUAAAUUUGACCACGUUAAUUGUCCAGUAAGACUUACCAGCCUCCAAACAACAGUCCCAGUGAAACCUUGCAUGACUAUGGACGGGGAAUCCUACGAACAUGUGAGACAGUCUCUCCAAGGUCAUAAACCAUACAUGGCAUCUUUCUCCAACCUUCACGGCCGCUGCAAGGAAUGCAAACGCUGGCCGAAUCUGGACGGACUUGUAGCUCUGUGUGACAAGCAUAGGUGUAAACGAUGUUCACACGGGAUUCCAACCGAAGGUCCGCGAAAUCCAGACUCAACAUCAUGUCCGCAAUGUCAGCUGGAGCUGAUAUACCCAGAGGCCAAGGACCGACCGCCAGGGCACGGCAUGCUGUACGAAGACUUCAACCUCGUCGAAGACACACUGAGUGAAGUUGCUUUCCCUCCAGUUUGCGGGAACACCAGGCCGGCUAAUGCAGAAAACGGUGGAGCCUGCGGGACAGAGGCAGCGUUCUUCUGCGUGCACCAUAAGUUGUUCCUCUGUAAGAAAUGCUAUCGGCCACAUAUGAAAGAGGACAUUUUGGCGCAGUCUGACGAAGACGAAAACGAGUACGAAGCCCUUCGGUACUUGACAGUUGAUGAAUACUUGGGCCGAGUCACGAUGAAAGGCUAUGACUUCACCAGGAAGGAAGACGAGAAAUGGCGGCGCUGCCAUUUCUACCAGCGAGACCACGAAAAUGCCGCCACGGGCUACUGCCAACAGUGCGACCGGUUCCUUUGUAGGGACUGUGCUUUGCUGCACAGAAGGGUUGACUCGCCGUCCGAUUCCCACAAAAUUCAAUCGAUCCACCUGUCACUCGACGACAUGGAAAAUAAGAUGAAGAAGGAGAGAGACAAAUACCAAGCGAUGAAGGAGGUAGUCGAUGGCAAACGGGCAUCGAAUGACGCGCAUCUGUCCCGCAUGCAAGAUCAGUAUGAACACGUCAAGGCACAGAUAAAUAGCACUUAUGACGAGAUUGAGCGGAGACUGAAAAAGGACCGAGACACGCUGCUGAUGAAGUUGAAAGAGGGUCAGGAGUGGAUCGAGGACCAACUCGGGCAGGAGAAAGAAAAGCUUGGAGAUGCUUUCACCGCCGUGGCUGCCUCGGAUGUGGUCUGUGAUCGCAUGCUGGAAGGGAAUCAGGCAAAGAAAACGGCUGGGUUAGUGCACCUGCACCAGUUCCAUAAAGCGAAUGGGGUAAACUUGGGGGAGUUCUUCGGCGAGCAUGUCCGUGAGCAUUCGCGCGAGGUGCUGGACUUCCUCGGGAAAGACCGUGGGUUCUGUAAGAAUGAACACUUGGUCACCGCCAUGACGGAGAACAAAGGCACCUCGAACAUUCUUGGGAAGCUGCUGGGAAGGGACGUGACAGUGGACUUGAACUACUAGUUAUAGCACAGUGACAGAGAUAGCGUGUACACAUCUGAUUCAGAGACAAACUAAGCGUUACAGAAGAUUGCAAAAGCAUAUAUAUAUAUAUAAUAACGGCUCUAUUUUUAAAUAGUUGAAAAUCCCAUCAAGAGUUGUAAAUAGUUUGAAAAUCCAUCCUUUUAUCACAGCUUAUGAUUCAUGGACAUUGCCGGGAGCUCCCGAUAUUGCUUAUAACCGUUUCAAUACUGUAAAUCGGCCAGGAACAGACACGACUGAAUGGUUCUUGGCCGAGCAGAUAGUGGACAUCACAUCAUCAUUGUGUUUAUGGACUUUAUUUCCACUGUGCGCCUGUAUACAGGAUAUCCAAGAAUCUGAGAUUUUGAAGUACAUGUACAUGUAAAGGAAUAUGUUAAUGUUAUCUGUUCUCAAUCUGUGGUUGGGUUUACUCACAGCAAUGAUGGAUACAUUUAUGGUCAAAUCGUCCGACAAUCGCAAGUCAAUUAGGUUCCGACAGAAACCAAGUUCAUUACGCAUGAGAGAUGGGAAGCACUUCAAUGUGAUACUUGCCAUAGAGUGUUUUCACGGCCACGUUGGAUGGCAGAAUA